AUGUCCGAUAGAAGCAUGAGAUCCUUUUUUAGGGCGAUCGCUAAACUAAAACAAUCUAACGAAGAAUCCAUUCCUAGAUUAAAAGAGGAAUUAAAACAGUCUAACGAAGAAUCUACUGCUAGAUUAAAAGAGGAAUCAAAACAAUCUAAUGAAGAAUCUACUGCUAGACUGAAAGAGGAAUUAAAACAGUCUAAUGCUAGAUUAAAAGGGGAGCUAACAAAAUCUACAGACAGGUUACAGGAACAUCUUAAUGAAACCAGUCGAGAAUUAAGCGAUAAAAUAGAGGCUUCUAAAGUUGAAAUGCAGGAAAAACUAGUAGGACUUAGUAAUAAGAUUUCUGAUAAUUGUAAAAGGUUAGAAGAACAUAUCCAGGAAUCGUGUGAGGAAAAAGCUCGCAUGCGAAAUGAUAUUACUGACUUAACCAAGAGACUAGAUAAUGUCGAUGUCUUAGAUGUAAAUGAAAUUGAGAAAAAUAACGAUAAGUUACGAGAUGAAUUUUCUAUGCAAACAGAAACUGUGCUUAGAGAAUUACUAGAAUCUAUUAAAGAGGUUUCUACCAAACCUGUGGAGAUUUCUUCAUUAGAUAAUGUAGAAUUAGAGACAUUAACUCAUCGAGUAGAAAAAGAUCAUACUGAAAUAGAAAACAUGAAAUUUUUAAUUACCGAAAUAUGCAGUAACCUUGAGACUUCCAAAGAUAAAAACAUUAACGAAGGUACAUAG